UUAACAGGUUAAUAUAUGAACUUCGUUAAUCCUUCUUGCAUUUUUUACCAGUAAAGAUUAAAUGGAUGUAAAGUAGAAUAUAAAUAAUAUGAACGGUUGGCAGCAAAGAUGUAACCACAUUAGAAGGUGAAAAGAUCAAGGCUGGCGGCCAUUUUGUAAAACGGGUCCCUGUCACUUUGAUAAAAAAAAUAACGGGGAGGAGAAAAAUGCAACCGUUAGUCGCGCGCGGCCGCUUUGGCAUUGGCCAAUCAACUUUAGUCUUUGAAAGAAUGAGCCCUACGGUCACAGCGCUCGCCAGUCCGCCCAAUCAGCAGGCACCACACGUGGGGUCCCUCGUACGGACCCGCGCACGUCGAGAGCGAGGACUACAGCCCCACCCAAUCAAUACCUGCCGCCGCCUCCACACCCCUCUUUUCCCCCUCCCGCUCAGAAAGGCUGUGGUGCGGGAGGGGGGGAGCGCGCGCGCGCGCGCAAGGGGCCAAUCAGCGUGCGCGCCGAGGAAUCCUCGCGCCGCUGCCUCCUCGCUCUAUCCCCCCUCCCACCUCACUCCCCCCGCCCGCGCGACGUUGCUGCUGCUCCCCACUCGCUCCCCCCUCCCUUCCCGACCCCCCCUCUCGCCGAGCUGAACCCCCUCCCCCGCUCGUUACCGCCGCCAUGGACCCGAGCAACUGGAGCAGCUUCAUCUUCCAGAGUCAUACUCAGAAUCCUCUACAAGUUGGGACUGAAAUCCAGUCAAGAUUUUUUGCUGCUCAGGGCUGUAGUCAAAGUCCCUUCCAGACUGCCACCACAACUGCUGCUCCCCAACAGACAGCUACCCCUGCUGAGUCCCUCCAAGUGGACCUCCUGCCUGUUUUGGCUGCAGCACAAGAAACAGCUGCUGCAGCUGCUGUGGUUGCUGCUGCCACUGCUUCUGCACCAGCUGCUUCCACAGUAGAUACAGCUGCCUUGAAACAGCAGCAGCCUUCUGCUUCUGAAGGUGGGAGUGGGCAAGUAGUGCCACCCACUCAGACCACGCAAGCCCCUACCCCCCAGGCAGCUCCUGCCAACCCCCAGGCAGCUGAAGCCCAGAAGAAACCGAAGAGUAAAGGGCCCUACAUCUGUUCCCUGUGUGCUAAAGAAUUCAAGAAUGGUUACAACCUGCGGCGCCAUGAAGCUAUACACACAGGAGCAAAAGCUUCUCGCGCUGGACCCACAACAAUGAAGAUGCCCACUAUGGUUCCCCUCAGCUUGCUUAGCGUUUCUGCCAUCGGUGGUACAGCCCCAGCAACACCUGCCUCUGCUGAGGGUACUGGAAACACUGCAGGGUCAGGUGCAGGCCUAGUGACCACAACAGCAUCAGGCAAACGUAUCCGGAAGAACCAUGCUUGUGAGAUGUGUGGGAAAGCCUUCAGAGAUGUCUACCAUCUCAAUCGGCAUAAGUUGUCACAUUCAGAUGAGAAGCCCUACCAAUGUCCUGUCUGCCAGCAACGGUUCAAACGGAAGGACCGCAUGAGCUAUCAUGUCCGUUCACAUGAUGGUGCUGUGCACAAGCCGUACAUCUGCAGCCACUGUGGGAAGAGUUUCUCUCGGCCAGACCAUUUGAACAGCCAUGUUCGACAAGUCCACUCAACAGAGAGACCCUUCAAAUGUGAGACUUGUGAAGCAGCUUUUGCCACUAAGGAUCGACUACGUGCUCACACAGUCCGUCAUGAGGAAAAGGUGCCAUGUCACGUGUGUGGAAAGAUGCUGAGUGCUGCCUAUAUCACAGACCACAUGAAAGUACACAGCCAAGGGCCGAAUCAUGUCUGUGAACUGUGCAACAAAGGUACGGGUGAGGUUUGCCCCCUUGCUGCAGCCGUCUCAGCUCCACCUCCAGCCGCCGUCACGGUGCUGCCCAUGGAGGGAGCUUCGGUUGUGAGCCAAGCCCUCCCCACACAGCCCUGGUGAUUUCUGGGAGUGGGGAGACAGAAGCCAAUCCUCCCAGUCCCAUCCCUCUCCCUCACUGGCAGCUGGAGCCUUCAAGCCCAGAUGGAUAUUCAGUGGCCAUAUAUGGGUUUCUAAUGUAAUGGCAGUUUCAUUCAUUCUCUCCCCCUGCCUGUGCUCAUAAAAUAGUGGAGCUGGGAAAGCAUCUGCUCAGCCAAUGAAGCAACUUGUUCAGAGGGCCAUGAAAAGACUUUGUGCAUUUUGAGAGCACCCUCAUUUUAUUGAUUCCCUUACUAUUAACUUGUGGCCCUCAGAACAGUCCUGGAAAUACAUUCAUUUCUGUAGUCCAUGGUCUAAGCCAAAUAACGAUAAUCUUUUAUCACAGUAGAUCUUGCUUAUUCCAGCAGUGCCCCCUGUUGCCCCCGAAUGAUCUUCACUAAAAGAGUGAGAUAACGAGACAGAACGACUUAGUAAGCUCAGCUCACAGACUAAGGGGGAUCAGAGACUGGAAUCAUUGUGGGACGUAGUAUAAGCAACGUUGCAGGAGAAGGAGUACAGAGUUAGAAAUAAUGGGUUGGUUGAGGGGUUGACAAAACUUGGGGAACCUACAGAGAAGUUAGAAGGGGUAUAGGUUGGGAUUUUGCGGCAUCAUUGGGUGCCUGGUGCUCAUGGCUGGGGUUGUGGGGGCUGCAGUGAGAUGAGAUGGAGAAGGGCUGUAUUUCUUUCUCCAUGGCUUCAGUGUGGAGUGUUCUCCAUUUCUGUGCUGAGAAUCUGCUCUCAAUUCCCCUUCUUGCCCAAUGCCUCAUUCUUCCAUGGUGUCUUUUAAUGCUCCAUUUCCUCAGCUUCUCUCGUGAUUCGUGUUCCAAGCGCAUCAGCCCUUCGCACCAAGCAUUGAUGCCCCACCUGCUGAACACCUCCCUUGUUGCAUGCAACCCCCACAGUUUGGGGUUAGAGUCUCCCGCUUUUUUGUAUUAUAUAUAUUAAAAAAAAAUCCCCUGA